GUGUACAUGGAUGAUGGCUCUCUAAUACUUGACCUUGAGACCCCCACCCCAUGCCCAUCAAUUAGGGCCUACACCACUCCACUACCCUAUACACCACAAACCCAAACAAACCAACCCUAACCCCGUCCCCCCCAGAAUGAACCCCACCAGCACAGACGGCAACUGCAGCGCCAACAGCGCCAACAACGCAACCUGCCUGACCUCGACCUACGGCAACUGCUGCUCGGCCAAAGGCUACUGCGGCUCGACCAGCGCCUACUGCGGCGCGGGCUGCCAGCCGGGGUACGGCAAAUGCCACGACGCGUCCGUCCAAGAGAUCAGCAGCACGGGCUCCUGCGGCGAGACGGCCACCAGCAACACCACGUGUCUGGGGAGCGCGUACGGCGACUGCUGCUCGGGGCUGGGGUACUGCGGCGGGAAUAGUAGUUAUUGUGGGGUGGGGUGUCAGUCGUUGUAUGGGAGUUGCAGGAUCAGCAGCGGGGCGUCGACGACGGGGGGUACGGCGACGACGACGACGAGGACCAGCACGGGGAUCGGGGCAACGGGCACAGCCACGCAAGCGAUCUCCACGGACGGAUCCUGCAGCAAGGCAGUCACCUGUCUCGGGAGUGAAUGGGGCGACUGCUGCUCCGGCCAUGGCUGGUGCGGUGGGAAUGCCAGUUACUGUGGGGUCGGCUGUCAGCCGGAGUUUGGGCGGUGUAGUACGGCCCAGGUAGAAGGGCUGGGGAAAGGCGCCAUCGCGGGAAUCAGUGUCGGUGCGGCGGUGGGGGUUUUGCUGGUCGUGCUGGGGUUGGGGGCUUGGUUCUGCAGGCGCAGGAAGACGGGGAGGAGGUAUACGGCUGUGGUGCCGGGUAAGGGGGUUGCGGAUGGGGAUGGGGAUGGGGAUGGGAGUUCUCUGGGUCUGGGGCUGGGGCAGGGGCAGGGCCCCGUGGAGAUGGCGGCUGCGACUCCUGGACCAGGUGGACCACCGUUUGCGGUCGAGAUCGGGCAGUCGAGGAAAGUGCCGGUGGAGAUUGGGCAGGCGGAUGUGACUUAUACGAAUGAGUUGGAGGGGCGGGGGAGAGGUGCGGUGGGGAUGCCGGUGGAGUUGCCAGCGGAGCAUCGGCUUCGGUGAUACUGCUGUUGGGCUUAUAGGCUCACAUUAGCUGUACAGUAUAGGUUUUAUGCUGGGUGAGGCGGGGCUGUCUAUAAUCUGCGGACUGGGAUUCGUGUCAUGCCCUGAGC